AUGACUCUGACGAAGGACCCGGUCUUCCAGGAGCUCAAGGCUCACGUCGAGUCAAACGAGAAGAAUGUCACGAUCCUCGACCAUUUCAAGAACGAACCGGACCGUUUCCAGAAGUUCAGGUUGGCUCGGAAAUUAGUUGGACAUUGGGAUAUUUUUCCCUUUCAGUCACACUUUCGAGACUCGCGAUGGUCCAGUCCUCUUCGACUUCUCAAAACACCGAGUCUCCGAGAAAACUUUCAAGCUUCUGUUGAAACUGGUUAGCUGUUAUUCUCAAUCAAGAGCUUAUUUGACUAACAGGACUCAAAAAGUAAGAGUAAAUGAUAAAUUUUCGGGAGAUGGUUUAGGCGUUUAGUUAAGGAUCUGGUAUUAUCACAUCAGUUUUUGCAUAAUAAGUGCUGGUCAGACUCUCCCAUCCAGGUACAUAACAUCUUUGACCGUCCCAGUCAGCUCAGAGGAAAUGGUUUUAAAUUAAUAAAACGAAACCUUCACUGGUUUUCUUCAAUUUCUUAUCACAUAGCAUUACUAAUGUUUGGAAUGACAUUGAACAUGAAUUACUGGCAGAGGAAGACAAGAAAACAUUUAAGGACAUGUUUUUAGUGUAUGUAGAAAAUGUUGGCGUCGAGCAUAUUCUUUCAAGAGUUUAUUCCGUGUUCAAAGUAAUUUCCGCGAAAUGCAAAAUACCCGUUAGAGAAAGGAAAAGAUCACUAAAUUUUGGAGAGUCAGAGAUCAUUUUGCAUUUCGCGGAAAUUACUUUGAACACGGCAUUACAGAUUUGUGCCAUAAUCAACUUGGUUUUAAGUAUCUACUUAUUAUGGUCCUAUGUUUCUUUUCUCACACAAAAAACUUUUUUCUUCACAGGUGGGGUUAGUUAAUCCAUCUAGUGGUCUUUUUCCCUCCCUGCAACAUCACCACACCAUCCCGAUAUUGCGAAAAUAAAUUGAUUGAAUUGAAGUCCGUCUAAAAGAAUAAAAUUUAAAUAAGAAAUUUACAAAUGUAAUCUAUCAAAAGUGAUUUCAUCCACUUUUCCAAUGCAUUUAGUUUCAAAAAAAGUUUCCUAGUUUGGGAAAACCUUUUCGGAAACAAUAAUCCAGCCAAGAGUUGAGCGAAAAGUUGUUGGUGUCAACUUUGAAGAAGGAAAAAUCAUUUUCGUGCUUUCCAGGCCGAAUCCCGUGGCGUGGAGAAAAUGCGCUCGGCGAUGUUUUCGGCGGAGAAGAUCAACUUCACGGAAGAUCGCGCCGUCCUGCACAUCGCCCUUCGCAAUCGGUCCAACAAGGCGAUUGUCGUCGAUGGAAAGGACGUCAGUCUCCCUACGAACCCUUCCGAAACAACUUGAGCUUCUCUAGGUCAUGCCAAAGGUGAACGAAGUGCUCGCUCACAUCAAAGAGUUCACCGAUGACGUCAUUUCUGGGAAAUGGACCGGCUACACUGGAAAAAAGAUCACCGAUGUCGUCAAUAUUGGCAUCGGAGGUUCCGAUUUGGUGGGUUUGAUGGAAUAUACAAAGAAUGUUGAGAAGCUAUUUUUCUGUACAUUUCUUGAAAAUCGCUGUUUUUCGACUCACCAAUUCAGUGUUAUUUUUUUCCACAGCCAGCUUUUCAAAAAAUCACAGAAAAAAAAGUCGAAACCGAGCAAAUUUUAAGUUGAAAAAAAUGUUUUUUUCCUAUCUUUUACAUUAUUUUCUCGUGAAUCCCCUCGAUGCCCUUGGAGAGGGGUUUUUUUAUUCAAAUAAAGGAGAAUGAUGGUAUGAAAAAAACAAUAAAAAAAUUUGCUGUUACUUUUUGAAUUAGUUUUUGUGAAGAAUCAAGUAUCUUACCUCUACUAUAAAAUCACUACAGAUUCAAGUACCUUGGCUAGUUCCAAGUUCUCCAAGUUAACUUUUCCAUGUUUAGGGACCUCUGAUGGUGACGGAGGCUUUGCGACACUACCAAGUCGGACCCGACGUUCACUUUGUCAGCAACAUUGAUGGAACCCACAUCGCUGAGGUUUGUCUUUUUUUGAAAACUAAUUCAGUUCUGAUUUUCAGGUGACGAAGAAGCUGAACCCCGAGACGACGUUGUUCAUCAUCGCCUCGAAAACGUUCACCACCCAGGAAACCAUCACCAACGCCGAAACGGCCAGGGAUUGGUUCUUGUCCAAGGUUUGUUCACAAUUAACUAAUACUUCUUGUGAGGAUUUUCUAGUGCAGAAUCCGAAAAAAAAAGAUUUGCAGGCCGGAGACAAAAGCGCUGUCGCCAAGCAUUUCGUGGCUCUCUCGACCAAUGUUCCAAAGGCCACAGAGUUCGGAAUCGACCCCAAGAACAUGUUCGAGUUCUGGGAUGUACGUAAAAAGGUUCCUUCCCCGCUAUAACAUCUGUUUUCAGUGGGUUGGAGGCCGAUACUCCCUGUGGUCCGCCAUCGGACUUUCCAUCGCCGUCCACAUCGGCUUCGAGAACUUCGAAGCUCUGUUGGCUGGCGCCCACGCCAGCGAUGAGCACUUCCAAAGUACGCCGCUUGAGAAAAAUGUGAGUUUGAAACUUUCGUUUAAGGGCCGUAUCCAUGAACAUUUACGGAGCGUAAUUGACGUGAAAUAAUCGGGGGAAAUUUAAACUUAAUGGGCUGGAAAGUAUGUUAGAAGGGGAAUAAAAAUUUUACAUUUUAUAAAAUUAUUUAUGAUGGUUUAUUUUUUCCGCAAAUGGCGGCUUCAGACUCAUAAAAGUAGCAUAGCGAGAUUCUUGUUCUAUUCUGUUUGAAUUGGUAGAAAUGUAUGUCUCGAGUGUCUUGAAAAGGAAAAGAUUAAAAAGAAGCAAAAAGCUUCGGAAAAAAACUUUUUUACGAAAAGUCCUCUACAUUUGUUCCAUUCAUUGAAAACUUCAACAAGUGCGAUCUGGACAAUCUCUUUGAUUUUUCUCUCUUUUCUGAGUUUUUUAGAAAAAUAAAUAACCGUAAGAACUUGAUAAUUUGAAAAAAAGUAUGCAUGAACCAACAUAGGAGAUUAGGAAGAAAUCAAGUAGAUUGAAAAAUCGAAUGACAAAAUUUGAAAAAAGUGCAGUAAGAAACAACGUUUUUCUAUAAGUUUUUUAAAACUGUCGUUGUUUUUUUGAUUAUGAGAUAUUUGGUUUUUUUCUCUAUAAACAGAGAUUCUAUCAAAGUGUUGAAAAAUAUGUCGGCUGGAUCCCACCCCGGGGUGCGGCUUACUUUAGUAAAUUUUAAAAUUUUUUUUUCGCGCGCAAAAGGCUGGAAUGGGACAGCCGACGUAUGGUUAAAAGUUGAUGCUUAAAAAUUUUUCAAGUGUGUCUUUUUCAAAUACGCGCCAAAAAGAGUUUCUGUACCAACGAUAGUAGUCUCAUCUUUUAGAUCCCCGUGAUCAUGGCGAUGCUGGGAGUUCUGUACAUCAACGUGUACGGAGCCGAGACCCACGCUCUGCUUCCUUAUGACCAAUACCUCCAUCGAUUCGCCGCCUACUUCCAGCAAGGAGACAUGGAAAGCAACGGCAAAUUUGUCACAAGGUCUUAGUUGACUGCCAUAAAUAAGGACCUUGAGCGAUUUCUGGAAACUAUUUUCUCAGUGUCCUCCAACUUGAGCCAUCAGAUUGAUAAGAUGUUCAAAAUUACGAAAACUUUGGUUUGAGAAAAAAUGUUGAGUUUGAACCGAGUUAGGCCUUUUACAUAAUAGUGACGCAAAAAUCAGUACUGCUCCGAAAAAAAUUUUUUGUUGUAGUGACUUUAUACGUUUUAUUCUUUUUACCAACUGUUUUCGAUUUUUCUUUCUGUUGGAAAGCAGGGAUCAGGUCUUUCUGAAACUUUCUAAAUUUCAUGGACCUCAGGAAUUUAAAAAAAGUUAUUGUACAAAAAAAAAUUUCAAGCUUUUUUCUGUUAUAAACCAAAUAGGAAAGUCAUCACUCUCAUAUACAAGUUUCGAAGAUUCAACAAGUAAUUACAGAGACGGAAGCCGCGUAGACUAUUCCACCGGUCCGAUCGUCUGGGGAGAGCCUGGAACCAACGGCCAACACGCUUUCUAUCAGUUGAUCCAUCAAGGAACUCGGCUCAUCCCGGCCGAUUUUAUCGCCCCUGUUCAAACUCUCAAUCCCAUCCGAGAUGGUCUCCAUCAUCAAGUUUCCCAACCAAAAAAGGCUUUGAGGAACUUUUGGGGCUUUAGAUUUUGCUCGCCAACUUCCUGGCUCAAACCGAGGCGCUCAUGAAGGGAAAAACUCGUGAGGAAGCUCAAGCCGAGCUGAAAAAGGAAGGAAAAGACGAGAAGACCAUCGAAAGCAUCCUUCCCCAUAAGGUGAGAGUCAAGGAAUUUUUUAUUUCUUCGAAAGAAUUAUUUUUUGGUUUAAUAGCGUCAUCAAUAGAGGAGAGAACUACCCUAUUUUAGUGUUGCUAGAAGAAAUUUUAGCAAAGUGCCAAGUAUAAAAAGAUUUUUUUAGUAUUCAAGUUAAAUUUCUGAUUAUUUUUCUUCUCACUAUCAACUUUUAUUCGGAAAAUGUAGCAAACAUUUGGGAGAAGAAACCUAGAAAUGUAGGACAGUCUGCUUUUUCCAUUGCUCGAAGUUUCCCUGAGCCCCGGAGUUUUUUCCCUAUUCUUUUUGAAUCUUGGCGUUUCCCAGGUCUUCGAAGGUAACCGGCCAACGACCUCGAUCGUGUUGAAGAGAAUCACUCCGUUCACUUUGGGAGCCUUGGUCGCCCUUUAUGAACACAAGAUCUUCGUCCAAGGAGUCGUUUGGGACAUCAACAGCUAUGAUCAAUGGGGGUGAGCUUUCAAUUGGUUCCUUGAAUUUCUUAUUUCGGAAAAAGAACGUUACAAUAAAUAUUCUUUCUAAUUCAAAUAAAAUAGGAUUUUUAAGCGAGCAAAGAUAAAUAUCGGGAUUAUUUUUGAAAAAUGCGGUUCAAAAUGAUUAUAGAAGUUUUGAAAUUUCGUAUAUUAGCGGACCAAAUUUCGUCACACUUUGUAGGACUUCAAAAUCUGUAUUUCGAAAAUAUAGAAACACUCGUUUGCUGCGUGUUGCUCUUCAUAUCAAGUUUAAAAACAUUACAUGGAUUUCGAUCAGUUUUGCCUUCCAUUCAUUUGUUUUUUCAGUGUCGAGCUCGGCAAACAACUGGCCAAAGUCAUUCAACCUGAGCUUUCCUCCUCUUCGGAGGUCACAAGCCACGAUCCCUCAACCAAUGGUCUCAUCAAGUUCAUCAAGAGCCAACACUAA